AUGUCUGCCCAGGCUCAAAUGAGAGCUCUGCUGGACCAGCUGAUGGGAACAGCCAGGGAUGGGGAUGAGACGCGGCAGAGGGUGAAGUUUACUGAUGACCGGGUCUGUAAAAGCCAUCUUCUUAACUGCUGUCCACAUGACAUUCUCUCGGGGACGCGAAUGGACCUGGGGGAGUGUGCAAAGAUCCACGACCUGGCCCUUCGAGCGGAUUAUGAAAUUGCUUCUAAAGAGCGGGAUCUGUUUUUUGAAUUGGAUGCAGUGGAACACCUGGAGUCUUUCAUUGCCGACUGCGAUGGAAGAACGGAAUUGGCAAAGAAGCGUUUGACAGAAACUCAAGAAGAGAUCAGUGCUGAAGUGGCGGCAAAAGCCGAAAAAGUCCAUGAACUAAAUGAGGAAAUUGGAAAACUUCUGGCGAAGGCCGAGCAGUUGGGAGCAGAGGGCAAUGUGGAUGAAGCUCAGAAGGUUCUUCAGGAAGUAGAAAAGGUUCGCACCAAGAAGAAAGAUGCUGAGGAAGAGUACAGAAACUCGAUGCCAGCAUCCAGCUAUCAGCAACAGAAGCUGCGGGUGUGUGAGGUCUGCUCUGCUUACCUCGGUUUGCAUGACAAUGAUCGGCGUCUGGCAGACCACUUUGGAGGGAAGCUCCACCUGGGCUUUAUUCAGAUACGGGAAAAACUGGACCAACUAAAGAAAGUUGUUGGUGAGAAGCAGGAGAAAAGGAACCAGGAACGCUUGAAGAGACGAGAAGAAAGAGAAAAAGAGGAGCUGCUGAAGAAAAAGACCAAGUCACGCAGCCGGGAGCGAGAGCACAAGCGGUCUCGCUCACGAGAGCGCAGGAGGAAGCGUUCUCGCUCCUCCUCUCGGGAGAAGCGGCGUUCCCGCUCACGCUCCAGGGACCGCAGGAGGAGGCACCGCAGUCGCUCUCGCAGCCGCGGCCAUCGCCACAGCCACGACCGCAGCUCCAGGCAUAAGUCGUCCAGGGACCGAGAGCGGUCCUCUAGAGACAGAGAGCGCUCCUCCAGAGACCGGUCCCGAGAUCGAGAGCGGGACAGGAAGGACGGUGUGAACGGCAAAUCAGACUCCAGACGAGAGGACAAGGACACAGGAGAUCUUUAA